AUAGCGCCUAAAUCACUUUCCUCAACCAGAACACAAAACUCCAAAAAUAAAAACUUUACAUCCGAUCAGUUAAUAAAAAAAAUGGGAUCGAAAUGUGGAAUGACAAAGAGGGCAAUGAGAUUUGGCGUGAUUAUUUGGGUAAUUUUGGUAGUUGCCAAUAAUUUGGGGGUGUCAUUAGCGUUAACAACUUCCAAAAUCAAGCAUUUCCCAGCAAUUUUCAACUUUGGUGAUUCGAACUCCGAUACCGGCGGCCUCACUGCGGUGUAUGGACAGGCGCCUCCUCCCAAUGGAGAAACCUUCUUCGGUGGUUCUGCUGGCCGUUUCUGCGACGGUCGCCUCGUUAUCGAUUUCUUAGCUGAAAGUUUGGGAUUAGCAUAUUUGAGUCCAUACCUAGACUCAAUAGGCUCAAAUUUUAGCCAUGGAGCCAAUUUUGCAACAGCAGGUUCAACAGUCAGACCUCAAAACACCACCAGGUCUCAAAGCGGAUACAGCCCAAUCUCUUUGGACGUCCAAUUCGCCGAAUACUCCGCCUUUUAUAAAAGGUCCCAACUACUCCGGAAACACGGAGGAUUUUUUGCGGGGUUGUUACCAGAAGAAGACUACUUCAGUCGUGCUCUAUACACCUUUGAUAUUGGCCAAAAUGAUAUUACUGCUGGCUACAAACUAAACUUGACCACAGAGCAGGUCAAGGCCUAUAUCCCCGAUGUUGUUGAUCAGUUUUCCAAAGUUGUUAAGGGUGUGUAUACACAAGGAGGACGGGCAUUCUGGAUCCACAACACGGGCCCAUUGGGCUGUCUACCGUAUAUGCUAGACUACUUUAUCUUUACACCGGCCCAAAUUGAUGAGUUUGGAUGUGCAAGGUCAUUGAAUGAGGUUUCCCAAUACUAUAACAGUGAGCUGAAACAGGCUGUGGUUCAGCUAAGGAAGGAUAUGCCUUUGGCUUCAAUCACAUUUGUUGAUAUAUACUCGAUCAAGCGUAGGCUCAUCACCCAUGCCGAGAGUUUCGGGUUUGAGAAACCUCUAGUAGCUUGUUGUGGCAUUGGAGGGAAAUACAACUUCAACAACACAAUGAGAUGUGGAAGCACAGAGAUUGUGGGUGGCAAAGAGAUUUUGAUUGCAAAAUCAUGCAAUAAUCCGUCGAAACGAGUAAAUUGGGAUGGAAUUCAUUACACUGAGGCAGCUAAUAAGUGGAUAUUUGAUCAAAUUAACAAAAAUUCCUCAUACUUAGACCCAUCAAUCUCUUUGGAAGUUGCUUAUCAAAACCCAAAUGUGUAAGAGUUCGUAAAGGGGUUACCGAGAUUAUGUUCAUCAAGUUUAUGUGAGCUCGACUGUGGCCCUGUUUGGCAAUUGGCUGUUGGCUGUUGGCUGUCGGCUGUUUUACUUGGCUGGUUUGACUGGCUGUUCAAGUUGGCUGCUUUUGUUGGCUGUUUGACUAUGGAUUGGUUACAAAUAUGUUUAGUAAAAUCAGUUGUUGGCUGUUGGCUGUAGCUAUGUAAAAUGACAUUUAAGGACAUUUAAUGUCUUUUAUUCAUUUUUCAAUACAUACUGUGUAUUGUGUACGGAGUAAAACGUAAUUACAAAUAAAUAAAUAUAAAUUAAAAAUAAA